GACGUGAGAUAGGUACCUCGGUGUUAUACGAUAGGUAGACGCCAUUUGGGUGAUUCGAUUACAACGGCAACAUUUUUUUAUUGUCAUUGUAUACGUACAGUGACACAUGUUUGUUUACUAAAAAAAACAUUGAAAAAAUACCUAGGAGGAUAUACGCGGUAUACCUAUAUACCGCUUGUUGUAAAUGUUGUAAUUAAAUGAAGUAAUUAUCUAUGUACUCUUUCUUGUAAUCACUAUCUUUUUUGUAAUCACUGUGACGUGCCGGCCUGUCUUAUUUUGCAACUACAGCAAAAACAAAGUGUUUCCAGUUUUACUUAUAAGAGAUAUAAUAUCAGUUCUUGGUUAAGAUAUGGAAAACCAGAAUUCAAUAAUAGAGGAGUCUAUUGAACGAUGUUUGUUACCAAAACUUGCGAAAGCCAUAGAUGAAUCUGAAGAGCAUACCGAAUUCGACAUAAGAGAAAACAAAUUAAACAUACAUUUUCCUGUUUUAAUAAAGACAUUAAGUGGUCUCGACUUCAGAUCCGAUACAGACAUAGCAUCCAUUUCAUUACCCAAAUUAAUUAUAUUAGACUUGGAACUACAAAGUAGUGGUCCAUGGUUUCGAGAUAAAUGUAAAGAGUGCUCUUCACAAUUAAACCAAGCAUUUGAUAUGAAGUACGGGUCUAAUCUAUGCAAUUUAUUGGAAAGUAAUAAAAUAUUCAACCCACAACUAUUAUUUGAUAACAUUAUCGACGAUAUACAUAAAAAGUUAACAUCUAAAACUUUCAAAAAUUAUCCCGCUCUGAUAGAGGUGUACUGCAAAUUACUGAAUGGUGUGAAGAAUUACAAAAUAAAAUUGAAUCCAUUGAGUGUGUUACCUAUUUCUUUGCUUCUUGUAGAAGAUUACAACAUGGGAAACAAAAUAAAAGGCCUGAAGUGUUGUUUAGAAGUAUUGCAAUGUUUGACAUCAUCAGACUUCAGCCAAGGAAACUAUUAUGAGGUUAUUUAUGGAAGUUUAAAGAAAUGUUUAGUUGAAAAAGAUAUAGAAGUAACCAAGUUAACCUUGCCUUGUUUGCUGAAGCUGCUCUCGAUGCUACCAUCAGAUAUAAAGGUGACAAAAACUGAUGAAAUCUACAAAACAAUACUGGACCAAAUGCACACAGAAUCAAACUUGUACAGAAAGGCAGUUUGUUUUAACUUCACAAGGCAGAUGAUUGAGAUGCAUGGGGUGCACUGUAUCAAGAGGAAACUGUUCAAAUCAGUUGUCUGUGAUGCUUUGGAUGUGUGCAGUAAUGAGGCAGUAGCUGAGAUUAUGUUGCAAGAUGUUUUAGAGUGUCUCUCCGUAUGGCUGAAGCAUUGCUGGUGUGUGUGGAGACUGGCGUCAGACCAAAAGAUGUUGUCGCUGUUAUUAAAAAUACUAUUUGUGACGAGCGAGGCUGAUACAACAGUUACUGUACUAUUAAACCUAGUAUUGACAAUGGUUCAAUUAUGUACAAAAGAGGAGCAGCUACAAAUUUGUAAAAAUAUGGAAUCAUUUACUGCAACUCACAAAUCAAAUCAAAGUUUUCUUAACAAUUUAGAAAUAAUAAAGAAGGGCAUUUGUGUAUAAAUUACUUUAUUAUAAAAAUAAAUGUGAUUUAAUAAA